AUGUCAUCCAUGGCUCGCAAGCCCAAGCUCUCCUGGGAGAAUAUACGAUUUUGAACUUGAAAAUUAUGAAGGAAGAAUGAGUCUAGUCAACUCAAUCGCGCAGUCCAUAUAUCCAACGCCCGUGACCGUUUCUCUUCAGUUAUGUUGGUUACUAUCCCAUAAUAUAAAUAGCUUCUCUGGCGUCUCUCCAUUUUCAUCCACCAUCAGAUUCAUCACCUACCAGAACAUCAAAGAAAGAAACCAGAGAGAUAACUAAAGAAUUUAAACCCCAUAUUCAUCAUAUGGCUUCUUUGCAAGCUUCAAAUCUCCUCUCCUCCUCCUCAAGGGCAUCAUCUUCAUCAAAAAGAAUAAAUGCUGCAAUUUCUGUCCCUAAGCUUCUAAGAAUCCGUUUCCCAGUUCCAAAAACACCAUCUGCAAACUUGGUUGAGGAUCUGCUUUUAAGAAAUGGGCUCACAAACACGAAACAAAUAGAAAAAAUUGUGACCCUUCCCAGAAUAGAUGAAGAACCUUUUGCCAAUUCUUCAACAUCUAAAGCAACAGCCAAGCUUUAUGCAAUCUUAGAGGCUGUUGCUGAUAGAGUGGAGAUGCACAAGAAUGUGGGCGAGCAACGUGACAAUUGGAACAAACUUCUUUUGAAUUCCAUUAACAUGAUCACUCUCACAGCUACAACCAUGGCUGGUGUUGCGGCAACUGGUGGGGCCGGAGCUCCUCUUUUGGCAUUGAAGCUAUCGUCAACAUUCUUGUUUACUGCAGCUAUGGGGAUGUCAUUUAUAAUGAACAAGAUCCAGCCCUCACAGCUUGCGGAAGAGCAACGUAAUGCUACAAAAUUAUUUAGGCAGCUUUAUAGCCAAAUACAAACUACACUUGCUCUUUAUGAUCCUACUGAAUUGGACGUGAAAGAUGCGAUGGACAAGGCAUUGGCUCUUGACAAAGCUUACCCACUUCCUUUGCUGGCGAAAAUGAUAGAGAAGUUCCCUGCAAAAUUUGAGCCUACUUUUUGGUGGCCCAAAUCUCAAGACUUCCAAAGAAAAAGCAAAAGACCUGGAAAGAAUGGAUGGAGUGAGGAGCUAGAGGUGGAGAUGAGAGAGAUUAUUGAAGUGAUAAAAAGAAAAGAUACGGAAGAUUAUAUGAGGCUAGGAAAUUUGGCAUUGAAGAUAAACAAGAUUUUAGCCAUUUCAGGUCCAUUGCUCACAGGUAUUGCAGCUGCUGGGUCUGCAUUUGUAGGUAACGGCUCUUGGGCAGCAAUAGUUGCGGUGGCUGCAGGUGCAUUAGCUACCACAGUUAAUACGUUUGAGCAUUCUGGGCAGGUUGGUAUGGUAGUUGAAAUGUAUAGAAACUGCGCUGGAUUCUUCUCACUUGUAGAGGAAUCAAUUGAGUCUUCACUAGAAGAAACAGAUAUUGAUAGAAGAGAAGAUGGAGAAAUGUUUGAAUUGAAGGUGGCAUUACAGUUGGGAAGAAGCAUGUCAGAGCUUAGAGAUCUUGCCCAAAAAUCCACUUAUUCUAGAAUAGAAGGAACCACCAUAGAUGAAUUUGCUAGCAAGCUUUUCUGAUUAUUAGAAUUGAUUUUUUGCCCAUAAUCCGCAUUGGUUCAUUCUUUUUUCUUGACAAAUUCUUUUUGUAUAUCAUGUGAGCGAUAAAAUGUAAUUAAAAUCAAUAUACAAGUUUAUUAAUUCUAAUUCUUCA